CCCCGAUCGUCCAAGGGAUUCCCUAAAUUGUUUAGCAGUUAACCCUUCCCAGGUGAGUCAAAUUGCCACUGGCAGCUCGGAAGGCCUUGUAACAACUUGGGAUAUUCGAAAUUGCUCUGGACCUUUAAAACAAGUUCACCCACAUGAAACACAUGUAUAUGAGUUAAUAUUUCAUCCGUAUCGCCCAGCGUUUCUUUUUAGCUGUUCGGAAGAUGGAACAAUAGGCGUCAUAAAUUUGAACGCAUCAUCUAUAGAAGGUUUUAGGGAUUACGGAAUGGCAAGGGAGAAUGCCAUGAUUCACAAAUAUAACUAUGACUAUAACGAUCUUGCCAUUAACUCUAUUGAUUAUCAUCCUCUUUCUAAAUUGUUGAUUGGUGGGGGAGAUGGUCAAAACUUAUUUUCUAUGAAGUUUGACUAG